CGGCACACGAAAGAAAAAAAGACAGGGCGGGGCGACAGGCGAAUCCAUCACGCGAACAGACCUGCAAGAUCACCCGUCAGAGGCAGCCGAGACUCAGCAUCAGUCAUUGCGAGCGCUAGCAGCGGUUUGUGACAUCGGAAGCGACGAGGCGUCACGUUGAGUCACGGGAGAUGGCUGGCAUCCUCGCUUGGUUCUGGAACGAGAGGUUCUGGCUGCCUCAUAAUGUAACCUGGGCAGACUUAAAAAACACAGAGGAGGCAACGUUCCCACAAGCCGAAGACCUGUAUCUGGCGUUCCCCCUGGCGUUCGGCAUUUUCAUGAUACGCCUGGUUUUCGAGAGGUUCAUUGCCAGACCCUGUGCCUUGGGGCUGAAGAUCCAGGCAAAUGGACCACAGAAGGCCCAGCCCAAUGCUAUUUUGGAGAAGGUCUUCACAGCUAUUACCAAGCACCCGGACGAGAAGCGGCUGGAAGGCCUGUCCAAGCAGCUGGACUGGGACGUGCGCACCAUCCAGCGCUGGUUCCGCCAUCGACGGAACCAGGAGAAGCCGAGUACAUUGACCCGCUUCUGCGAGAGCAUGUGGAGAUUCACAUUUUACCUCUACGUAUUCACCUACGGAGUGCGUUUCCUGAAGAAGACCCCAUGGCUGUGGAACACCAGGGAAUGCUGGUACAACUAUCCAUACCAGCCUCUGACCGCCGACCUUCAUUACUACUACAUAGUGGAGCUCUCUUUCUACUUGUCCCUGCUCUUCUCCCAGUUCACAGACAUCAGGAGGAAGGACUUCCUGAUCAUGUUUGUGCACCACCUGGCCACCAUCUCCUUGAUCACGUUCUCCUACGUGAACAACAUGGCGCGAGUGGGAACCCUCGUCAUGUGCCUUCAUGACGCUGCAGAUGUCCUGAUGGAGGCAGCUAAAAUGGCCAACUAUGCCAAGUGUCAGAGACUCUGCAACCUCAUUUUUGUCAUGUUUGCAAUGGUCUUUAUCAGUUCCAGGCUGGGUGUUUAUCCGAUUUGGAUUUUGAACACUACCUUGUUUGAAAGCUGGGAGAUUGUAGGCCCUUACCCAUCCUGGUGGGUCUUCAAUGUCCUGCUCCUCCUGCUGCUGGUGCUCCACUCUUUCUGGUCCUACCUCAUUGUGAAGAUUGCCUGCAGGGCCAUCUCCAGGGGGAAGGCGGGGAAGUGGAAUCCUUUGCAUGUGUCCAAAGAUGACCGAAGCGACAUAGAAUCCAGCUCUGAUGAGGAGGAUUUGACCCCUUCUGCUCAGAAACUCCACAAUAGCUCCACCAACGGGACCAACGGGACCAACGGCUACCUGUCAGGGCCUCCAUGUAGAGAUGAACACUGACUGGCUCAGUCUGGGACUUUUCAGGCUCUCAAGGAUGUUACUGUCACCAUCCGUGUGUACGUGCGUGCGUGUGAGAGACAUACCUGAACAAGAUCGGCUAUUUGGUACUGGAAUUCCUUCACAGGAUUAGUGAGUUCAGCUGGUAUUUGUCUUGAUUCUUUGUCUACUUUCAUUUCUUUUGCUUCAUAUAUAUUUGCAUCAGACAGGCAAUGACAUGGUAAAGCACUCUUGUUCUAAACAGCAAUUUGUCUUUCUGAACGAAUGAUGGCAAUCCUCUUUUGUUGUGCACGCAUGCCAUGUGUAUGUAGUUGAUCUAAUGGGGGUUUUCUUUUUCAUACGUUUGUCUAUUUAUUUUAUGUACUUUAUUGUGGAUAAAAGGGAUUUUGCUGCCUUUCAAUCAGUAGAUUCAGUGUUUAAAUGGGUAGGUCAUGAUUAAGCUGCUGUUUCUGCCACCACUCUGUCUUCGUAGGCAGGUAUGGGUCUUGUCACUGGCUACACGCAAUUAGACCUGACUGGCUUUCAGUGCUGUGCCUUCACCCAUCCUGGGUGAGCAGUCACAUUUGUUUGGUUUACAGGUAAAUAGUAGUACAUCUUCAACGAGGACACACACUUUUCACUUGUGAUCUGUACAUGAGACAACCAGUAACAGUAUUACAUCUGUGUUUAAUAGUACAAGAAUAUCUGGCAAUGUUAUCUUUGAAGUAUAUGCAUUCUCGAAGGUAAAUUUAAGAUGUUUUAGUACAUAUUUCACCAGUAUGCCAUAGCAUAGGCAAAAAGAAAAAAGCACUGGAUUUGCUAUCCAUUUCAGAAUAUAAAAACUUGAAAGGUACUGAUAGAUCAGAGCGACCCCUCUGAUUCUGAUGACAUUAGUCAUUCUUAGUUUUAAGUUAAGAAAUGGUUACUGUCCAGUGAAUGAAUGCAUUACCUGUUUCUUUUGAUUUUUCCAUCAAAUCACUGACAUUUUCCAGUAUCACGCCAAGGUUUGCAAAUAGUUUUACUUAUUUUAUUACAGCUACCAUUUUCAACAUUAAAUCUAAGUUUUGUGGCUCUAAAACAAAAUAAACCUUGUAGACACAUGCAAUUAACAGAAAAUUGUUCUGAAAAUGCAUAUUAGAAUCAUCAUAAUAGUGUUCCAUUCCUUCAUGGUAUCAAUACCUUUUCUCCAUUUCUUCCACUCAAGUGUUAAAUGCUGUACCGAUUAAGACAGAUACCAGUGUAAUUAGCUGAACUGUCCUACCGAUGAAUACAGAUGUGGUAAAAGGGUUACAGUGACUGUAGUUCCGCAAUUCUGAUGCAGUGUUGGUAUGUUUAAUGUCAGGAUAAGAAAAUGUCUUGGGAGUCAAUGAAAACACUUAAAAACCAACCUUUUACACCUGAAAAUGUCAUGUGAACUAUGAUACCAUCAUUGUUUUAAUGGAUAGUCCUUACUAGUUCUCAUUGACUGACAAUUUCUGCAGAACUAGACUAUUUGAAACGAUGUAUGUUCGGGUGCCUUGCACGUUCGACCCCAGAUGCGGUAGCUUCUUUAUCCGCUACGUACAAUUGGUCUUUUGCCAGGUUUGUGUCUCUCCGGUUGUCAAAUUGAAUAUCCAAACCAUAGUAUUGGUUUGAAGAUGAUGCUGGAUUGUUCCUUGAUGUCAGAGGUCUCCUCUCCAGGUACCUCACUGAGGCUGUGAAACUCUUUCUCACUUUUGCCUGCCCACCAGUUCAAGUAGAAAUGACUUGUGACGCACAUGCGGUUCAAGAGAGUACCCGCAGCCACGCUUCUUUGUUUCCCAGACCGACGGGCAGAAAUGAAACGUGAUACUGUGUAUUUUGAAUAAACGCCUCCAACAAAACCCUGCAGUCUAUGGUUUCCUGGUGACUUCCGCGUCUUUUAGCGUUCGAGUUACUACGGCAGAACGUCGCUUCGAUGACGGGCGACUUGUAACGCUUUUACAUUUGACGCUCUCCUGUAUGCAUUCUGAAACUUUGUUCUCUUCGUCACGGGGAGUUUUACCACGCCGUUCAGGCUCUGUGGCCCAGGGUACGGCGGCAGCGUGACCCUCGGACGCAAACCGUGGGCCUUCGGCGCGAAAAACCCCCGCGUCGCCAUCUCGGCACGGCGCACAGUGAGCGCUCCUGGAAAUGUGUUGCUUUAUUAUUUGUCACUUGUAAUAAACGCAUAAUGU